AGUGGCAUCUUGCCAACAGCUCGCCUCGGCUCCCAACGCACAGCCCAUAUCUGGUACCUCUCUCCACUACAUCCACAGACACACGCACCCCACCAAAAGAACACCAAAGAGAGUCACAAACAAUCUUCGUGUCAGUUCCUCCUCCCUACGCAAUUCUUAUUCGUUUUCCUCCCUUCUCUUUUGCCGCUCGUCGUGCCGACCCAAGUCUCGCACAGGUGUUUUUCUCCUUACUGGAUAAUUUGGAAAAAAAAGAAACGCACGGCUGUGCACCCCCUCACAGAAGCGCACGCACCGUACAUGUGGGGUCUCCGUGUUGUGACCAAAGGAAGCGUCUAUUAAGAUAAUAAUUAAAAGCAAAAAUAGCUGUGUUUUUGUUGCGUUCUCAUUGGUGAUUCUUACAUAUAUAUUUAACUCGCCGUUCAAGGAUUGUCAGCACCCAUCUUCAGAGAGAGAGCGAGCGAAACGACGAGAGAACGAUACGACAACCUGGAUUUACGUACAGGCGUCUAUAUUAUCCAAAAAAAAGCUUAGUUGCUUGUACGGAAAACAGAAAGAAGUAAGUGUGUCACAGCCGCUGCUUCUUUUGUUCUUUCUGGUGGAAACUCCAGGGCUUUAACUUUUACUUGGCGUCCAAUUCGACUUGUUGCCUUCUGUCGCAUUAUCUUUUCUUUAAAAAUAUCUUUACUACCAAAAACUGUCGAUAUCGGUUGUAGUUGUGCCGUCUUAUUAUUAUUACUUCACCCACCUUCGGCUCUUUCUGCGUGUUUGGAACUGUGGGUUCUUCGUUUAAUCUUUUUCUCUAUUUGUUUGGUUUGCACCAAUUGCUGGUAGCGGUACUCGUUGGCCUUUUUCGCAUAUAGUCUCAUUUUUCCGCCUACUUCCUUUGCGUAUUAUUGUUGUUGUUGGUUAGAGCAGAGUCGGUUUUCUUUUAUCUAGUUAAACGCUUCUUUUUUUUUCUUCUCUCUUCUUACCUUCCACUUUUCAAUUGAAGAAAGCACAGCUGAGUGCCAUCGCGUAAUGACCACCGAAAAGGUUCUCACGGAGAAGCUAGUGCUGGAGAAGACGAAGGCGAGUAAAGUGGAGGAUGUGCAGCGGCUGGAUCUCUGGGGUGAGGGACUGACCGACAUCACUUUCUUGUCAAAGCUGCCAAAGCUAGAGGUCCUCUCACUCGCCGCGAACAACACCUCUUCGUUAAAGGCGCUCCGGAAAUGCACCUCGCUGCAAGAGCUGUACCUGCGCAAGAAUAAGAUUAGUCGACUGCGGGAGGUCACCGUGCUGAGCGCGAUGCCAAAGCUGACGGUGCUGUGGAUGAUGGACAAUCCAUGCGCACAGCAUGAGUACUACCGCGAUUUUGUGCUGCACUGCUGCCAGAGUUUGCGCCAGCUGGACAGCGUCGAGGUCACCGCCGCGGACCGGAAGAAUUCAGCGAAGCGGCUGACGUCGAAGGUGCUGGAUGAGAUUCUCGAGCGAAAAACCGCCGCCGCUUCUUCGCCAGUGGGGGAUAAGAAAAGUAACAGCGGCGGGACAACACCGCAGGACAGCCGUAACGCUUCCGCUUACUCCGCCCGUGAGCGCAACGCGGUGAUUGAGGAGGCGAGCACGAGUGGUCGCGUCGUCCUCUUCACGACGGCGGCUGCACAGCGUGCCAUGCUGCUCUCAAUCGUGUCGCUGCUGCCUGAGCUGACGGUGGAGUCGCUGGAGCUGCUGCAGCGGGAGGUGCAGGAGCGUAUGGAGAAGCAAAAGGCGAAGGUGACGAAGCUGUCGCAGGAUUCUGUGCAGUCACAUAGAUAG